GCUGACUUUCCUUUUAGAAUGUGGAGUGGUGUCUAGUGCUGUUGGAUUAGCCAAUGAGGGAAGUCAUGUGUAUAUUUUUUGGACAGGGCACAGGAGGCAGUGUAGUUGAAAAAUUGAACCCUAAUUUCGUUGAUUGAGUGAUUGACUGAUCAUUGAUUUUGGAGUUUGUGUAUCGAGAGAGAUUAUGGAAAGCGGGAAGAUACUAGAGCUGAGGCAAUUGAUAGAGGCAUGCAAGUCCAAUCCUUCAUUCAUCCACGACCCUUCUCUUUCCUUCUUCAAGUCUUAUCUUCUCAGCCUGGGUGCUCGCAUCCCCCCGAAUCCCAAAACGGAACCAGUUGAUGUUGAUGACAUAGUCGAAUCUGACAUAGACCUCGAUGAUUCUGAUCUUGUUGAACCCGAUAAUGAUCCUCCUCUAAAGAUGGGCGACCCUUCCGCUCAAGUAACACCAGACAUGAUCGAUGCUGCACAACUAGCAAAAUCAAGGGCCAUUGAUUAUAUAUCACAAAAUAAGUUGGAUCAAGCAGUUGAGCAACUAACAGAAGCUAUAUUGCUAAACCCACAUUCAGCCAUACUCUAUGCUACUAGAGCUAGUGUCUUAUUGAAAUUGAAGAAACCAAAUGCUGCUGUCUGUGAUGCUGACACUGCACUGAAGAUUAAUCAAGACUCAGCCAAAGGAUAUAAAGUUCGAGGCAUGGCAAGGGCCAUGCUGGGACUCUGGGAAGAAGCAGCAAGUGAUCUUCAUGUUGCUUCAAAGUUAGAUUAUGAUGAAGACAUUGGUAUGGCACUUAAAAAGGUUGAACCUAAUGUUCGCAAAAUUGAGGACCAUAGGAGAAAAUAUGAACGGUUACGAAAGCAUAAGGAGGAGAAAAGAGCAGAACUCAAAAAACAAGAAGCAGCUGAAGCUCAAGUUCAGGAAGCAUUGUCUGCUCUGAAAGAUGGGCAAGUCAUUGGUAUUCACUCAGCAUUUGAAUUGGAAAAGAAGUUGAAUGCUGCAUCAAAGACAUCUCGCCUGGCAAUACUGUAUUUUACUGCAGCAUGGUGUGGCCCCUGUCGAUUUAUUUCCCCUGUUUAUACAAACUUGGCAGGAAAGUACCCAAAAGUUGUUUUUCUAAAAGUUGACAUAGAUGAGGCAGCAGAUGUUGCUGGACGUUGGAAUGUCGCCAGUGUUCCUACAUUUUUCUUUAUAAAAAACGGCAGAGAGGUUGAUAGUGUGGUGGGGGCUGACAACAAUGCACUUGAAAGGAAGAUUGCACAACAUGCCAGCCCUCUUUAAGUGAGUAGCUAAUAAGGACCUUGUUAGAACUUGCAAUUUCAUUGCUGUUGCUUUUGCGUAUAUGUUCAUAGUGCUAACAAAGCCAAAGAUUAAUGGAGUUUGUCAUGGCUUGAGUUUCCGGUCUUAUUGACUAUUGAGUGUAAAAAUAUUACUGUUGAUUUUAGAUUCGUGAUGACUGGUGGAGAAACAAAAGAUGAUGACUGAUCUGGAACAUUGAGGAUCAGUUUCACCUGAUUUUAUUCCUUCGUUUGGAACUCUAGCUAGCUGAAGCUUCAGUACUUCAUUAGGACUUCGGAGGCAACUUGUGUUUUGUCUCUCUUCCCUGCUGAUAAGUAGGCUGGGAUUCCAU